AAGAUGUCAGUUCCAGGAAGUAUGUUAGCGCUUAGGAAGACGACACCAGGAGUUGGAUAUACUCUAGCCAGUGAAAAAGUCCCAACCCCACUUGAGGACGAGGUACUGCUUGAGAUAGAGAAAGUGGCAAUCUGUGGAUCCGAUAUUGCACUGUACAAUUGGACCAAGGUGGCACAGGUGAUAGCAAACAUACCAUUCAUUCCUGGACAUGAAGCCGUGGGAACAGUUGUAGCCAGGGGAACUGGUUGUACUGUAAAUAUUGGUACAAGGGUGUGUGUUGAAAACCAUUUUUACUGUGGAACUUGCUACACUUGUAAGGAAGGAAGAGGAGAUAUUUGCGCUAAAAUGGAUCAGUACGGGCACGGACGGGGUACAGAGCACGGUGGAUUCUCUGAGUACAGUAUAGUAAAGGAACGGUUCUGUUAUGUUCUGAAGCAUGGACUCUCACCCCUCCAGGCUGUUUUGUUGGAACCAAUGGGGGUCGCACAUAAUGGAGUUGAGAAUAUAGAUGUAAAAAACCAGGAUGUUUUAAUUCUGGGAGCAGGACCUAUCGGUCUUCUUGCUAUAUCGAUAUCAAAAGCUUUAGGUUGCAGAAGAGUGUUGGUGGCAGAUAUUAAUCAAACCAGGCUGGACCUUGCUGUUAACAUGGGUGCAGAUAUUACAAUAGACUCCUUGAGGGAAAAUUUGCAUGCACGUGUUAUGGAACUCACAGAUGGAGUUGGCAUCAGUCGUCUGGUGGAGGCGACAGGAGCGCCAUCUAUAGUCAACAACUGCUUCUCUCUUCUAAGAAAAGGGGCCAAGCUUGUGCUCAUAGGGCUUCCAAAAUCAGCCAUUCAUAUUGAAGACCCGCUUCAGAAUGUUAUUUUCAAGUCCCUGACGCUUGUGACAGUGCAUGGACGAAGAAUAUUUGAUACUUGGGAGAAAUGUGAAGAACUCAUCAGUACAGGACAGGUUGACCCGACGCUAAUAGUCUCUCAUCAACUAGAGCUGAACAGCUGGCAGGAGGCGUUUGAUUUACUCAUAUCAGUUGGUCUGGGUAUUGAUGUACUGAUAUGCGGAGGAUUGUAUACGGCGUACAACAGAACUCUCAGGAUAAUUAAGGAUUUGUCUUCUGCUCCUGAGCUGAGUAUAGAGAGUAAUCUGAAAGAUCAAAUCUCCUCCCACCCUCAAGCUCAGGUAUGCGAGGAUGGAUCUAUAAGACUACCCUAUGCCCUGGUAAAAGGAAAUGUAUCUGCACUGGGGAAAACUGUAUCUUCAGCCUACGCUCCCGAAAUAAUGACCGGGGUUAUUCAACGAGUUGUUUUUACAGAACACAAGCGGAACAGGAGCAGAACUGGUUUUUGGAUUGAUUCGGAGCGUGUUCUUCAUCAGUAUAAUAACGAUGCUCCAUUCUGUAUUAUAAAUCCACAGGACAGUUCUUUUUCUCUCUCUCGUCCCAGGGUUGAGAUAUCAGAUUGGGUGGAUGCGACGAGAAUAGAUCUUGAUACUGUUUAUGAUAAGUUUGAGCAGGGAGCUACAGAUAUAGGUUCCAAUAUUCUUGGUUGGGUGGCAGGUGACAUCCAUAAAGGAACUCAAGUAACGGAGAAAAUGCUACUCAAGGGGGUGGGUCUAGGUAUCUCUUUUCUGAUAGCAUACAAGUUUUAUCAGCGGAGAAAACUGGAGUCAAUCAGUAGAGCGAACCAGGAAACCAUUACAAAUAUUAGAUCUGAAAGGGCAACUCGACAACCUCGGUCAGAUAUUCCUGAUUCAUUGACUUGUGUUGUUUGCCUUGGAGCUGAGAGAGAGGUUAUACUGCUGAACUGUGGACAUGUUUGUGUGUGUGCGGACUGUGGAGAACAUCUUGUUCGAGAUCAACAUAAUUGUCCAGUUUGUAGAGCACAGAUCCUUUCUAUACUUCCAGCUUAUGUAUCCUGAUCCUAUCCAUCCUUCCAGCUUAUGUAUCCUGAUCCUAUCCAUCCUUUCAGCUUAUGUAUCCUGAUCCUAUCCAUCCUUCCAGCUUAUGUAUCCUGAUUCUAUCCAUCCUACCAGCUUAU